AUGUCAUCUGGAAAUUGGGAUGAUACUGGUAAGUUUAGAUUUGGGGGAAACUUGAGAAAAAUAUGAAAUUGGUCUUGCUGGCAAUGAUGGAAAAAUCAAAAUUUAACUGACGUGUUAUGAUUGAUGCCUGAUUAUAAUUUUUUCAAAGUUAGAAAUGCCUUAAUAUUCAAAUAAUUUUUGGCGGAAAAAUUUUCAAAGCGUGAACUAGAAACAGUUUAUUUACACGUGUGUUAUUGAAAACUGGAAAUCAUUUUUUAUUUCCUGCUUUGUGAAUCCCGAGAAGAGAUGCUCACAUUUUCGCCAGAUCAGAAUCUCAUAUCUUCCCAUAUUCUCUAAUUUGCAGAUAGUGAAGAUGAAAAUGUAGUGGUUCAAGAAACCGUAGUCGUUUUACCACGUGCAAGACAACCAUCGAUAGCGAAAAGUUUGGAAAAGGUUCAAAUUUUGGAGAACAGCGUCGCUGGAUCGGAGAAAAAUGCCGGGGUUUGUAUCUCAAUUUUUAUCUUACAUAUUUUUAAAGUAUUCCUCCAAUCAUCAUAUGUUUUCAGUCUGACAAUGAUUCGGAUUCCCUUUCUGUCGGAUCUGAUGAUUUGGAUAGUUUGGCUGAUGAAACCGAAACAUUGACCAUUACUUUCGAUUCGUUCACAAAUAAACGAAAAGUGAUUGGAAUGUUCGAUUGCGAAUAUAAAAAUAUUAUCAGCGAGUUUGCCGAUGUCGAGAUUUUCUUGAUUUCACUCGAUUCGUUGAUUGUUGAAUGUGCUGCGCAUAGUUAUCAUAAUUGGGAUGUUGCUGGACAAUCUUUGAUCAUUAAUAAACAGGUAAACAUGGUUUAGAUCUUAAAUAUUCAAAAAAAAAAGAUAUUGAAAAAUAAAAAAAUAACUUUCUGAAAAAAUGUUGUCUCAAAGUUCAAAAAAUCUACUUACAUUUUUUAGAUGUAAAAUAGGUCAACUUAAGAUAAAAUCCUCUUAGAACGUUCAACUUCAAUGGAUAUUUUCAGAUCGAUCGAUUCUUGAAACAAUUCGCCGACAUUGGUGGUCGUUUCAAAUUGGUUGUUUUCACCGAUUUGACAACUCACUUUGCUCGCGAUACAACAUUAUCAUUUGCCCGUGCUUCGGCUUUCGCUCAUCUUGCCAAUGGCAAAUAUGCUUCGGAUAUGCUUUAUUUCACAAGUCCCGUCGAUCCGAAUUGGGACAAAUUAUUGAAAGAUCUCACACCAUCUUUCCUUAUGAUUUCGGCUGAUAAUGUUACUCCAAAUAUUUGCGCUGAAACUGAUGUUAAUUUAACACCGAAUUUUGAAACUAUCAGUGAGUUCAGCGGCGAAAUCUAUCAUAAUCUAAACUAAUUAUUUUUCUAGUCAUCGAUGUUUUGAAGCGAGCAAUGCCAAUUGUUUUAUUAUCCUCAAUUCGUGUCAAUUUCUCAUCAGCGGAAGCAUAUUAUAUUCAACCAAAAUUAGUGCACGCUUCAGAUUGGGAUAGUUUUCUAGCUGCGCAUUGGGAUUGCAACUACGAUUUAUUGCGAUCACAUCAAAGCGGAGCUGUGAAAAUGAGCCAAUUCGAAACACCAGCUGAUUUCUGGGCAAAAGUUAUCGCUGACACGAAAGCUAGUGGAAAAGGAUCGGAAAGUAUUGAUACUUUAUGCGCAGCUGUUUUACUCUCAUCUUUGAUUUGUUCAAGACGUGGUGCACAUCGGGUUUAUUAUGCGGAUCGAGAAAAUUCGAAACGUGGAUUGAAUGUUAUUCGAGAUAGACGACUUUUGUUGAAUUUUGCAACUGCUUUGCUUGAAAAAGCUGAUCAUACGGUAGGAAAUAAUUGAUGAUGUUUUCUUUAUUCAAAUUCUUAUGUUUUUUUUCAGAAUUCAAAAAUUGAUUUGAGCGAUCUUUGGGAUGGUCGAAUGAUUUUCACAAUUUAUGAUGAAUUAGUUGCUAAUGAAUCGGUUCUUCCAUACAGAUUACAAGAAGAAUUCGCAAAAUAUCAUCAAAAAUCUGGUUUAACUAUUCCAUUGGCUGUUGAUACGAAUGAGAAAUUGUUCGAUCCGAUGCCAGAAACUCCAAAUCCUUUGGUCGAUUUGCCCAUUUUAUACUCGGUUACUUCGCCAUUGUUGAAACGAUUUGUGCCAGAAGUUGCUGAAUUCACUUCUGCGAAUUCUGUGGCUGAUGGAGAAGUUCAAGGUUUGUCUGCGGUUUUUUGGGCAAAAUACUUUUGACCCAGUUAGUAAUAAAAAACGUGGAAGUCUCUUUUUUCUUUAAAAAAAAUUGUCGAUUCUAUAAUUUGAUCAUUGUGUUGUUUUUCGUGAAAAAUAUUUUUCAUUCAAUAAUGUAAUGAUGAAGUUGUACAUCAGCAAACAAUUGUGAGAAAAUCAAUAGUUUCGAAAUCUUUGAAAAAACAAGUAUAUCUUUAAUAGAUUUUCUAAAUUCAAAUUCCUCCUCUUUAUCCUCAUAUUUAUUUUUUCCAGAUUAUGCUGAUUGUCUUCGAGAAAUGAAACAAUGGAGAUUGAAAUCGAUCGAAGAACAAUAUGCACAAAAAGAGGAAAAAAUCGAAGACGCGUGGGCACUGAAAAGAGCCAACAAAUCUCGUCAAUUCUUAUCUCGAUGGUAUGAAAUGUUCGCAAAUUCGCUCGAAGGACGUGGUUCAAAUCUGUUAGUCGAUUUCUCGAGAAUUCCAAAAGGAUAUGCGAUUGUUGAAGAAACUGUUGUUGAAGACAAAAAAGCUGGAAAAGGUGGAUGGGCUGGACAAAAAUCUGGAGGAAAACCAGGAGCUGGUGGUGGAAAGAAAGGAGGAAAAGAACCGGCGAAAUCGAAAAAGGAUUUGAUUUUGGAACAAAAUAAGAAAGCACAAGAUCAGAAAUUGGCUGAAAGUGAGAGAAUUAAAAUUAAAUAUGGAACACAACAAGGAAAAGAGGCGGUUGCAUUUUUAAAUAAUUUGUAUUCGUCGCUUGAUUUACCGGAAUCCAAAGCUUAUUGUAUUUAUGAAAUUGUUGUGAGAGAAGGAAAAGUUAUGAAUGAGGAUUAUCAAGGAAGUGAUAAACAAGAAUCCAGGUAAUUUUUGAGUGGUUCUGGGUUUCCAGUUAGCAAAUUAAAUCGAUAAAUUUUUCGCGAUAACAUUCAACAAAAAUGUCUUUUUUCCUAUGCAGAAAAAACAAAAUUUACAGAAUAUUAUUUUUAUCAGUGACAACUUAAAAUUAAGAGAGUUUAGACAAAUAAUUAGUUUUUUAUAUUUUCUGAUCAAAAAACUAUUCAUCUGCAUAGAUCCAUUAAGAACAUUAUUUUCUUGAAUCCUCCUCCCCGCAUAUCUCAAAAAGUUGAUUUUCAGACGUAUAAAAGCGAUUGAUUUGGUCGGUCAUAUCAAGGAUUGUUUUGUCAAACAUUGGGAUCAUCUUGAACCAAAACAACGUGAAAAUAUUGUCGAUUUAUGGGUUUCAUUAGGUUUCGAUGCACCAUCCGGAUCAAAACCAUCAGCCGAAGCAAAACAGAAGAAAUUGAAUCUUGGAAUGAAUAUGAUUUAUUAUCAAUUACAAUAUGGUGGAGAAUUAAUCGAUAUUCAAUCAGAUCCGAAAAAAGAUGAUCGUGUUAGUGGAUUUGCUCCAGAUGGAUGGCAAAGAAGAAUGCUUGAUUCAGUUGAUCGUGGAAAUUCUGCAUUGAUUAUUGCACCAACAUCAGCUGGUAAAACUUUCGUCUCAUAUUAUUGUAUCGAAAAAGUUCUUCGUGCAAGUGACAACGAUGUUGUUGUAUAUGUUUCACCUUCGAAAGCUCUUAUCAAUCAAGUUUGCGGUUCUGUUUAUGCUCGUUUCCGUAAUAAAUCAAUGCGGCGCGGUAUUUCACUUUUCGGAACUCUUACACCGGAUUAUGCGCAUAAUGCCAUGCAAUGUCAAGUUUUGGUAACUGUUCCGGAAUGUUUGGAAGAAUUGAUGUUAUCCAAAACACCCGCUAUUCAGAAAUUUGUUUCGCACAUCAAAUAUGUUGUGUUUGACGAAGUUCACUCAAUUGGGUAGGUUUUUUAGAUUGUUAGAAGCUUUCUGACAUAGCUUUAUGGAAGUUGAAAAAAUGUUUGAAUAUUUUUUUUUUCAAAAAAUUUCGAUUCUGAAAACUUCAAAAUCGAUUUUUUCUCGUUGAAAACUUUUUUACUUUCACAUCAGCAUGCUGCAGCAAUCUAUAUCUUUGAAAAUCCAAAAUCACAGAAAACAACAUUAACUUUUAAAAUUAAUUUUCAGAGCCUCACCUGAAGCGCAUAUUUGGGAACAAUUGUUGCUUUUGAUUCAAUGCCCAUUUUUGGCUCUUUCUGCCACAAUUGGAAAUGCGAAUAAAUUGCACGAAUGGUUGAAUUCUAGUGAAAUUGCAAAAAGUAAUGGAAAACGAAAAGUUGAUUUGAUCAAUUACGGAGAAAGAUAUUCGGAAUUGGAAUUGUCGAUUUUGAAUAUUCAAGAUCCGAAUGCAGUUGAUAAAGAUGGAAAUCUUUUGAAAAUUGAGCACUCAAAAAAUGAAUCGGCUGUUAUUCCAUUAAUGCCAUAUGGUGUUUAUAUGCCAGAAAAAUUGAAAAUGUUUUCGAUUCCGGAAGAUCAACAAUUGACUGCUAGACAAGUUUUGCAUUUGUAUACGAUGAUGAAAGAAAUUGAUUCGGCUGUUACGUGAGUUUUUUUUGGAGUAUAAUGAAAAACCAUAUUUUUUAUUCCAAAAUACCUUUAUUUUUUUCCAGAAAAGAAUUUGAGCCAUGUCAUUUCUUUGGUCAACAUGGAUCAAAAGCUGUUUGGAUUUCAAGAUCGGAACUUCGUCGACUUGAAAAUGCAUUGAAAAAACGAGUUUUGGAAUGGUUGGAAACCGAAAAACCGAAAAUCGAUGCAAUUUUGAAGAGUUUGUCCGAACCAGUUGAAACUCAAUUAAAACAUCGAUCAGUUCCAUUUGAUAAAGAAAGAGUUGCAAAUGAUUAUAUUGUUCGAUUAAUUGAUGAAUUAAAACAAAAAGAAGAAUUACCAGCUAUUUGUUUCAACGAAGAUCGUCAUAUUUGCGAAAAACUUGCCACAACUUUAGCCGAAGAAUUGGAAAGAAGAGAACGGAAUUAUAUGGAAACUGAUGAAUUCAAGAAUAAAUUUGCGAUUAAGGAUGAGGAUAAAUUGAUGAAAUUAGCAAAAAGAAAAAGAGAUGAAGCUGAAAAGAAGAAAAAAGGUGAUCGAGAUGAAGAUGCUGGUCCAGAAAAAGAUGGAGAUGAAAUGGAUGUUUUGGCGAUGAAAAAAGCGCGUUUAGCACAAGCAUUGGCACAAUUCAAAUUGAGAGGAAGAGGAGGAGGUGAUCCUGAUUUGUAUCAAAAAAUGUUGGAUAGAUUGAACCGUUUUGCAAAGACUCGAGAAAGUACACGAUUAUUAUUGCGGUUGUUUGAAAGAGGUAUCGGAUACCAUCAUCCUGGAUUGAAUAUGAUUGAAAAAGGAGCGGUUGAAGUGUUGUUUAGAUCUGGAAACUUGGCUGUGCUUUUCUCAACAUCAACACUUUCUCUCGGGUAAAUUUUGAAUAAUAAAAAUAAUUUUCUUGAAUUUUCAAAAUUAAUUUUUGAUUUAUUUCAGAGUUAACAUGCCUUGUAAAACUGUUAUGUUUGGAGUUGAUUCGCUCGAUUUGACACCACUCUUAUAUCGACAAAUGUCUGGUCGUGCUGGUCGAAGAGGUUUCGAUCAUUCGGGAAAUGUUAUUUUCAUGAGUGUGCCAACUAGGUGAGCAUUUUUUAGAGCAAUAAUUUUCAAUUCUUUUUAAUUUUCCAGCAAAAUUCGUCGAUUGUUAACAGCUUCUCUUUCAAAUUUGCAAGGAAAUCCACCAUUCACUGUCAUUUUCCUUCUUCGAUUAUUCGCCUAUGUUCACCAAAAAGAUGUUAUUGACGAACAAGGCCAAGCUGUUUCAACAAUCAAAGAACGUGCUUGGGCUGCUCAUUCACUUUUAGGGCAUUCUUUCAGUUUGCAUACAAGACAAGAAUCAAACGAUGGAGUUCUUCAAAAACAAUUGCGAAUGUUCUCCGCGUUUUCAUUCCAAAUUUUGCGACAUUUACAACUUAUCACACCAUUUGGUGAAUCGAAAAACUUUGCUGAAUUGGCUGUUCAUGUUCAAGCUGGAGAAUCAGGAACAUUGUUGUUUAUUUAUUUGAUGCAAAAGGGUUGCUUCCAUGUGCUUCUAAAAAAAUAUGCGGAACAACCGGAUAAAGCGAAACGUGUUAUGUUGGAAAUUCUCGCGAAUUUGUUCACCAACAAACGAAUGCCAUUUUGGUAUAAUCCAUCGGAUAAAAGUGGAAUGGAAGUCAAUUAUCAAGUUUCGUUGAAUGGUUUGCCGGCUGAAUUGAAUUCGUAUGUCAAGGAAUAUAAUUCGACUGUUAUUGGAUUGUAUAAACGAUUCUUGGCAGCUUCGGCCAAAGAAAAUACAUUAUUGGUUAGUUUUAUUUUGGUGAAAAUCUGCAAAAUUUGAAUAUUUCGAAAAUUUGAAAGCUAUAAAAUCCUUCUCUCACACAUGAAUUAAUUUAUCUAAAUUCCUCCCAAUUUCAGGAUUCAUCUUUUACUGUCAGCGGAAAAGUCGAUGCCGAAUCAACAUCUUUGACCAAUGAUUAUCUUGCAACUCCACUUUUCGAUCAAUAUUCUCAUGAUGAAUCAUUCCUUCCAGUUAUUGAUUUCGAGAAACGUGAUCAUCGUGGUCGAAAAAUUUAUCGAAAUGCGUUUGCUGUUGAUUUCUUCACUCAUGCUUCUCGUGAAAUGCUUCGAAAUAUGAACAAAUUGCAUACAAAUCAAGCAUGGUUCCUUAUUCACGAUUUUGUGGUGAGUUAAAAUUCUAGUAGUAAAUUUGAAGUUGAUAAAUCAUAUUUUUGGAACCAGUUCAAAUUUCUUUUUUCUUUGCAGACUGUUAUGCAACGCCUCUCAAUCGGACUUCAAAAUAUGGCUCGACCACAAGAUCCACUAACUUUAGUUAUCACCGAAUUGCACAAGGAAUAUGAUGAAAUGUUCCGAAGUGUCUUCGGAAUGAGAAGUCGCGAUUAG